UGUCUUCUCUCUGUUCCCGGCACUGGAAACAAAGCCUCUGCCUCACAUUUUCAACCUCAUGCCUCCCUUCUAACCUCCCCAUCACCCCACCAAGGCAACUUCACAAGGCAAAGCCAAACUAGAUGGCGUUCAGAAUGAAACCAGAUCCAAACCACAUUAGCAAUCUGGCAAUAAAGCAAGAGGAAGAUAUCAAUGCAACAGAAAUAAAAGUGAAUGAUCCAGAUCCAAACUGUGUUUUCAAUCCAGCAAUAAAGCAAGAGGAAGAUGUCAAUGCAACAGAUACAAAAGAGAAUGAUCCAGACCAAACCCUAAAAGAUGGACUUACAGCAAUACUUAAACCAUACUUGCUCAUGCCUAAUCAAUCUUAUUAUUUCAUGCUAUUCUGGCCAACAUGAGUUAAAUGCAACCAAUAUUCUUGGAUGAGGAGAACUGAAUUUCAGUAUCUGAACAACAAGUUGGUCAAUAAGUCUUGCAAUCUGGUAUCACAUUUUAUUUUUAUUUCAAACCCAGCUGAAGCACCAACAACAUCACAAACUCACAUAGGGAAUUCUCCUAUUAUCGGCCUUCCACCACGCAUGGCUAAUAAAAUGAUUGAUGCAAUCAAUUGGCUUCAGGCUGGUGGCAAAUUUUAUAGAAUGCCUACCUGUGGAUUCUUGAUCAAACUCAACAAUUGGGGCAUUGUACUUGAUGAUGGAGCCACAAUCUCUGAGUGGCAAUACUUCUGCUCAAUCACUUGUGGGGAACUGAAUGUUUCUGCUCAGAUUGUUGCGCGUCAUGAUCACUCUGAUCUAGAGUAUAAUUGGGAGAUGGAAUUUAGACCAGACUGACCCCCUUGUCCCAAACUAGCUCUACAAAAUCAGCAGACACAAGCUGCCAAAAGACAGCAUUAUAAUCCUACCAUGGUACUAUUCAGAGUACUGGAUAUAUUCAGAACAAGAACCAAGAAUUUCUAGUCAGGGUUGGUAAGGGUUCAAACAAUUAUAAACCCCAAAAAAAGAUGAAGAUUAUGGAAAAAGAAUUUUAGGGAAUCUUUAAGCAAUCCAUGAACCUUAUUCAAAAUAAUACUUUAGUCUAAAGAGAUACUUACAGUACAUACAUAAUUGUUUUAUACACAGUCAAAA